CCAAUAGCCAUAGACAGCUCACCAAACCAUUCGCACUCUGUUUCUCUCCAUUUCUUCUUCCCGGAAGAUCCACCGGAGAAUAAAUCGCCGGAGUUAGAAUGCUCGGAAUUUCGUAUGGUGAACUAUUCCUCCUGCUGGGAGCUACGGCUGCUCUUAUCGGGCCAAAGGAUCUGCCGAUUAUAGCUAGAACAGCGGGGAGGUUAGCUGGGCGUGCGAUUGGAUAUGUUCAAAUGGCACGUGGUCAAUUCGAAAGCGUUAUGCAGCAAUCUCAAGCUCGCCAGGUGCAUAAAGAACUGCAAGAUACAAUGGCUCAAUUAGAAGCCAUACGCCAUGAAAUUCGGUCCAUCUCCUUCAUGAAUCCUGGUCCCUUGACAACAAGGCUAGUGGACAAUAUUGCUAGCCAACCACCCAUUAAAAAUGUGGACAAGGAAUCUUCAAAACCCACUGAAGAGGGCACAGUCAGAGUUGAGAGCACAGAGACUACUAGCAUGGCCAAGGAUCACAGUUCAACAACCUCCCCACUUUCUGAUAUACAUAGCCAAGCAACUGCAUAUGCAAGAUUUGCUGAAUCCACUCACUUAACUGCAAAUUCCAUGGAUGAAGUUCUUAGUGAACUAAAGGAUGAUUCCGGUCAGUUCAUUGUUCUUCCGAUAUCAGCUGAAAGUGCAAACUUGUUGCCCAGUCGAAAAGAUGACUUAAGGGGAUCUGACAUAUUGUUGGAGGCAGUACUUGAGGAGGAUGUGGCACGCAAUGCAAAGAACUUUUUCUCUCAGGCUCAAAACCAAAUAAAAAGUGAAUGAAUAGGAGCCAGAUGUGGUGGCCUUCUGAAGGCUUGCAGCAGUCUCCUUUGUUUCUAGCUCUAACUGUAGGAGCCUGGAAGUGGAGUUUCUUCUCAAAGUAAAAUGUGAUGAUAGUGAGAAUCACAAAAUAUUAAUUGUCAGUACCACCAUCUCCACGUAAAACUGUAGUAUCUAUACUCUGGUGGGCUGGCUUCGAUCAGGCUUAUAUUCGGGUACAUGGAGACGUACUGUUUUCAAGUACAUAAUUAGCAAUAGCUUAACUCCUUUUCUCCUUUGGGGCACUUGUAACUAUAUGUUUGAUUAAAAAUCACUCAUGGCUAGGUUGGCAUUCUAGCUUCAAACUUCUUGACGAAAAUUCAAAGUUUUCAUGCCAUAUGAGAUAAAUUAGAACAAGUUAAGGGAA